AUGCUGAUCAACUUCUUCAAGGGACACCCCACCAGGCCGCUUCUCCCCACCAAGCAAAUUGCUGCCGCCUACCAGCGCGUGUUGCUCGACUCAGACUACUUGUCGUACGACAACGACCCCUUGAACCAGCACCCCUUGACCUACGGAACCGAUCCUGGAAACUUCGACGUCAGAACCGCCAUUGCCAGCUGGAACAACCGCGUCUUCAACACCGACAAGUCCAGCGCCCAAAACAUCAAUCUCACGGGAGGCGCUUCCUAUGGGAUUGCCAACAUCUUAGCGUCCACCACAUCCCCUGAAGUGACCAGACGGGCGUUUGUGGUCAGUCCCACUUACUUUCUCAUCAACAGCACCUUCGUGGACGUGGGACUUGGCGACAAGCUCACGGCUGUGAGAGAGACCCCUGGCGCCCACUACGAAAUCGACUUGCAACACUUGGAGCAGCAGUUGGAGCGCUACAGCCAGGGCCUCGAGCUGGGCGCUGGCGAGAUCAACAUAGUCAGCGACCCUCUCCGUCCCGCACGCAAGUUGUACAGGUUCGUGAUCUAUCUCGUGCCUACGUUCUCCAAUCCUGGAGGGUUGACGUACUCGGUGGCGACUCGCCAGCGCUUGCUCGAGUUGGCGCGCCGCUACGACAUGUUGAUCAUCAGCGACGACGUCUACGAGUUGUUGGACUACUCUGGCGCGUCCCACCCACUCCCACGCUUCAACUAUCUCGACAUCGCCACCUUGCCUGCCCACAAGACGUUCGGGAACACUAUCUCCAAUGCUACUUUCUCCAAGAUCAUUGCGCCUGGUUUGCGCGUGGGGUGGCAGGAGACUGCCACUCCGUUGUUGGUGGAGCAGUUGGCAGUCACGGGUGCCAACAAGUCGGGCGGUACUCCUGGCCAGUUAGCAUCGUUGGUGGUCAAGGACUUGCUCGACACAGGCGCUUUGGACACCAUUGUGCGCGACUUCAACAAGGUGUACCAGGCCAGAGGUAAGAAAAUUCUCCAGAGCUUGGCCCAGCACUUGCCACAGUCCACGGUGGUGUACGGAGGCAAGGGUGGCUACUUUUUGUGGGUGGAAAUCCAGGGAGGAAGUGACUUUGACCACUCGCGCGUGGUCAAGCUCUUGCAAGAGAAACACGGGGUUGUUUUGGCGGGAGGCGAGCACUUCGAGGUGGUUGGCGAUAUCCAGAACUGGGGAAAGAACUCAGUGAGACUCUCGCUCAGCUACUUGACGGAAGACGAGAUCGAGAAGGGUAUCAAGACGUGGGGGGAGGUGUUGAAGCAGGAGCACCCUGAGCUUUAUGUUUGA